CCCCCUUCCGCGGCCUCGAGGCGCUUUCCGUUGGGCCGAUUCCCGCCCGCUUCCUCCUGCUCCCCAUCGAAGCUCCAGACAUGAGUUUUUCCAUCUCUUCAGAGAUGAACCAGAUUAUGAUGCAUGAUUAUCACAGAAGAAAUUCAUGUCUAUAGCUUUUAAGGACUUGAUUACAUCAUUUCAAGCCUGAUAGUUUUGGAAUCACCAUUUAGAGCUUAAGACACCUCUGCCUUCACUUCAACCACCUGUCUUCAUACCUUGAGGAAGUUGCUGAGUUUUAAUACUCCUUUGUCCUUGGAUUAUUUAUCUAAGACUUCCCAGAAAUCAUUUCUCAUCAGUUCAGUAGCCAAAUUUAUAAGGAAAAAUGAUUCCCAACGGAUAUUUAAUGUUUGAAGACGAAAAUUUUAUUGAGUCUUCUGUUGCCAAAUUAAAUGCCCUGAGGAAAAGUGGCCAGUUCUGUGAUGUUCGACUUCAGGUCUGUGGCCAUGAGAUGUUAGCACACAGAGCAGUCCUGGCUUGCUGCAGUCCCUAUUUAUUUGAAAUCUUUAAUAGUGAUAGUGAUCCUCAUGGAAUUUCUCAUGUUAAAUUUGAUGAUCUCAAUCCAGAAGCUGUUGAAGUCUUACUGAAUUACGCCUACACUGCUCAGUUGAAAGCCGAUAAAGAAUUGGUAAAAGAUGUCUAUUCUGCAGCAAAAAAGCUGAAGAUGGACCGAGUAAAGCAGGUUUGUGGUGAUUAUUUGCUAUCUAGAAUGGAUGUUACCAGCUGCAUCUCUUACCGAAAUUUUGCAAGUUGUAUGGGAGACUCCCGUUUGUUGAAUAAGGUUGAUGCUUAUAUUCAGGAGCAUUUGUUACAAAUUUCAGAAGAGGAGGAGUUUCUUAAACUUCCACGGCUAAAGUUGGAGGUAAUGCUUGAAGAUAAUGUCUGCUUGCCCAGCAAUGGCAAAUUGUACACAAAGGUAAUCAACUGGGUGCAGCGUAGCAUCUGGGAGAAUGGAGACAGUCUGGAAGAGCUGAUGGAAGAGGUUCAAACCUUGUACUACUCAGCUGAUCACAAGCUGCUUGAUGGGAACCUACUAGAUGGACAGGCUGAGGUGUUUGGCAGUGAUGAUGACCACAUUCAGUUUGUGCAGAAAAAGCCACCACGUGAGAAUGGCCAUAAGCCGAUAAGUAGCAGUUCCACUGGAUGUCUCUCUUCUCCAAAUGCUACAGUACAAAGCCCUAAGCAUGAAUGGAAAAUCGUUGCUUCGGAAAAGACUUCAAAUAACACUUACUUGUGCCUGGCUGUGCUGGAUGGUGUAUUCUGUGUAAUUUUCCUUCAUGGGCGAAACAGCCCACAGAGCUCACCAACGAGUACUCCAAAACUAAUUAAAAGUUUAAGCUUUGAGAUGCAACCAGAUGAGCUAAUAGAAAAGCCCAUGUCUCCCAUGCAGUAUGCACGGUCUGGCCUGGGGACAGCAGAGAUGAACGGCAAGCUGAUAGCAGCAGGUGGCUAUAACAGAGAGGAGUGUCUUCGAACAGUCGAAUGCUAUGAUCCACAUACAGAUCACUGGUCCUUUCUUGCUCCCAUGAGAACACCAAGGGCUCGAUUUCAAAUGGCUGUACUUAUGGGCCAACUCUAUGUGGUAGGUGGAUCGAAUGGCCACUCAGAUGACCUGAGCUGUGGAGAGAUGUAUGAUCCAAGCAUAGAUGACUGGACUCCUGUUCCAGAAUUGAGAACUAACCGUUGUAAUGCAGGAGUAUGUGCUCUGAAUGGGAAAUUAUACAUCGUUGGUGGCUCUGAUCCAUAUGGUCAAAAAGGACUGAAAAACUGUGAUGUAUUUGAUCCUGUAACAAAGUCAUGGACAAGCUGUGCUCCUCUUAACAUUCGUAGACACCAGGCUGCAGUCUGUGAGCUUGGUGGGUUUUUGUACAUAAUUGGAGGUGCAGAGUCUUGGAAUUGCCUGAACACAGUAGAACGUUACAAUCCUGAAAAUAACACCUGGACUUUAAUUGCACCCAUGAAUGUGGCUAGGCGAGGAGCUGGCGUAGCUGUUCUUGAUGGGAAAUUGUUUGUAGGUGGUGGCUUUGAUGGUUCUCAUGCCAUCAGUUGUGUAGAGAUGUACGACCCAACGAGAAAUGAAUGGAAGAUGAUGCGAAACAUGACUUCACCAAGGAGCAAUGCUGGGAUUGCAACUGUAGGGAACACCAUUUAUGCAGUGGGAGGAUUUGAUGGCAAUGAAUUUCUGAAUACGGUGGAAGUCUAUAACCUUGAGUCAAAUGAGUGGAGCCCCUAUACGAAGAUUUUCCAGUUUUAACAAAUUUAAGACCCUUUCAAACUAACAGGCUUAGUGAUGUAAUUGUGUUUAGUAGAGGUACACUUGUGAAUAAGGAGGGUGGGUGGGUAAUAGAUGUUGCUAACAGCAACACAAAGCUUUUGCAUAUUGCAUAUUAUUAAACAUGCUGUACAUUUUGUGUUUAUUGGGAAAGGAAUGCAAAGAUGAAGGUCUGUUUUGUGUAUUUUUAGGACUACUUUGGUUAUUUUACUUUUUGGAAGUUAAUAUUGUAAAAGAAUAAAACAAGACUUGAUCAGGCAUGUCAUUUUAAGAAGUCCCCUCCUCCACAUUUGUUUUUGCCAAUUUGCACAUUAAAUGACUCUUCCCUCAAACAUGUAUAACGGGGGAAGGGGGUUGGGUUUAAGAUCUAGACAGUUGGGUUUUUUUAAGGGCCCUUUUUCAAUAACUGGAACACUCUAUACAAAAGAGACUUAUUUAACUAGAUGACAAUGACUAUUUUUGUUUUUAUUAAAAGAAAGCUGACAUGCCUACCAAGAUUUAAUCUUUUAUGAUUGCCUUUUUAUAACUUAACUUUUUAUAUUCUCAGCACAGUGCUUUACCUAUUGAAGAUAAGGCAGAUUCAAAUAACUGAAGCAGAGUGGCAGUCUUAAAGGAUGCAGAGUAAGGUGUUUCUUUUAUACACCCAGAAUGCAAACUUCUAAGCUUUUGCCUCAGCUACUUUUUUUUUCUUUUUUUUUUUCUUUUUUUUUCUUUUGGAGACCGCAGUACCAGUAGUUUAUUUGAAUGGAGUUGCUGAACAGUAACGUAGCUGUGAUUUUUAUUUGAAACACUGAUUUCAAAUAUUCUGACUUCUUGAGGGUAUAUUUUAUAUAGCAAGACACUUAAUAUAUAACAGUAAAGAACGGUGAAGUACUUUAUUUUCUAAAUAAUUCCUGUCUUUAUUUAUCAUUAACAAUCCUAAAUAGCACCCUCGAUUGUGAAAAAAAUUAAAACUGUAUUGGGUUUAUGAAUGCAGCCUUUAUCAGAACUAUGUUUUUGCUCAGUUUUUCUCUUCAUAUGGAUAAAUACUGGUUGGGGUGACUUUAUGGAAUGUGUAGUGCUGCACAUAAAACUUAUGGUGCCAAAAUUAGCACAUCCUAAUGCUUGCUGCCAAUGCAAACAUAUUAAAGGUACUUUGCAGGAAAUCCUUGCACCAUGGAAUUAAUAUCCAAA